UCGAUCUCUAGCGGCCCUGACCAAGCCCUGACGUGAAAGCCAUGCGGGCUUCUGGGUCGAAGAUGCGGCAAAUGCAAUUUUUGCUAUAAAAUUUUGACGUUAGUUUCAUCCCCCUUCGCCUAUUAGCCCAACCUUCAUGACCACCAGCUCCUCUGGCACCGAUGUCUCUACCAACAGUGUCUAUAAACGUUCCCCCGGCCCAGUUAUCGCGCCACUCAAGUACACGAAUGAUCUGUUCGACUUCGAUCAUUGGGAUCACAUGUUCAUGACGAACUGUUGCAAGAGUUUGACUUUGCACGACUUUGAUGAACCUCCUUCCAGAGUCCUUGACCUUGGUUGUGGUCGCGGCCUCUGGGCCAUCGCAGCCGCCAGGCAAUGGCAGGGAAGUACCGUGGUGGGCUUCGACAUCGCUGACGUGCAACCUCCGUUGAGCGUGCUGGAAGAGAAGACGUCCAGGAGACUUAAAUGGGUCCAUGGCAAUAUUCUCGACGAAUUGCCUUUUGACGACUGCCAAUUUGACUUCGUAAGGAUGGUCCGCGUGGGUCUCCACAUUCCUGUGUAUGAGUGGGCGCACGUUUUACAAGAGAUAUCACGAGUUCUCAAAGUCCAUGGUGUCUUCGAGAUUAUUGAAGAGGACCCUAUCUUCCCAUGUCAGACAUUUCAAGGGCUCGACGGUUACCCCACCAACGUCCGAUCGUCCAGUAACAGCUCUCCGCGAAGCUCGAAUACCGCAGUCGCCAGUAUGGGAUCCAGCAUGUAUCUGAAGUCGGACCCUUCGCCCGGCGCAAUCGGCCCGAGAAGCAGCAGCGCGGACGCAUUUUCAACGAUAGGAUCACCACUCUCGGCAUUUGAGACGGAAAUGACGCAGUCAAGACCUAAUCCGCGUAAUCAUCCGAGACUGAAGCGAGCUUGGGAAGAACUGUUGGACGAUCGCCAUCUUGCGCCAAAUCUAACCUCUAUACUGCCAUCUAAGCUCAAGGUGUGGUUUGGGGAUAUACGAUCACACCCUCCUCUCCAGAUAGCCCUUCCCCCUAGUUCUACCCAGAGAAGAGGGUCGACUCCAAUCACCUGCGGGUUACCGUCCCUCAUUGAUCCUGAUGCUGUUUUCGAGCUCAGUCCAAUCGAGGGCAAGUCUAGUUUGACAGAUUUGGACGAUGACUGCAAUUCCGUAACCACCAAGAAAUCUUCUCAGCGGGGAGUCUCAUCAUGGGCGUCAAUGCAUCUGGCCCGUACUGUACGCACGAUUGCUGGCUGCAAAGAGUCUAUUUGGGAGGCGUACGAAAAAUUGUACGGACAAGAUCCUUCACUACCCUACACGGUAAGGUCGGCGCAGGAGAAGUAUCUCAAAAGAAACUUUAAUGAAGCGCAAUCACCGGCAAGUCCUCUCCGAGAUUACUUUGAGAGUGACUGGAUUAAUUGGCAAAAUGACAUGACAGACCGCGCUCGCCUGCGAGAUAGUAUACGAGCUGAAUUGUCUUGGAGCGAACCCCGUGGAGGGUUACCCGAGUGGCGUAUCUGGCGCAACUCCUUAUCUUCACAAGACGUGGAGACAAAACCAGAAGAAAAACUAGAGCUAUGCAGGAACCUGCGUGGUUUUGUUUGUUUCAAUAUACCCGAGAUCGCCAACGCAAAAUGAUUGGAAACUUGAUACCUUGGGCCACAAUAAGAGGCCUCUCUGC